AUGUCAUCAUCUGUUCCAUACGACCCAUAUGUCCCUGCUACCGAAGAGACCGCAGGUGACUCAAAGACUGCAGCUUUGAAAUCCGAAAUCGAUGAUACCGUCGAUAUUAUGAGAGAUAACAUUAACAAAGUUGCCGAACGUGGUGAAAGGCUAACAUCGAUACAAGACAAGGCUGACAAUUUGGCCGUGUCCGCCCAAGGUUUCAAAAGAGGGGCCAACAGAGUAAGAAAGCAAAUGUGGUGGAAAGAUUUGAAGAUGAGAAUGUGUUUGGUUCUAGUGGUAAUUAUACUUUUGAUUGUCAUCAUCGUUCCUAUCGCAGUUCAUUUCAGCUAG